GGCGCGCAACGGCGCGCCGUGUGUCUUUCUUCGACGGUGCACACUCUAGGCGAAUUUCAUCUCUCUCGACGAUAAUCGUAAAACUUCUCCAUCAUGGUGCAGAUCGUCGGCAAGUACCAGCACGUAUCAGAUGAGAACUUCGACAACUACAUCAAGAGCUUGGGCAAUAACGACCUCAUAGACACGUUCCUGCAGUCGUCGCCGGUCGUCGAGGUCCAGCAGGACGGCGAUCAGUGGACCGUUUCAGUCACCGACAAGGGUAAGAGCGGUUCAGCCACCUUCAAGCUCGGCGAGACCUACGAGGAGCAGAUGUUGUCCCUGCCGGCUUCUUUCAAGAGCGUCACCACGAGGGAAGGCAACUCCUUCAGAACCGAGAGUUCGUUCUCCGCAGAAGUCAAGGUGACUCGACUUUACGAGUUCACGGACGACGGAAUAAUUGUGCAUUUAUCCUCCAACACAAGUGACGUCAAAGCCAAGCGCACAUACAGAAGACUGUGAAGUUUCUAACUUAAUUUUAAACACAAUACACACCGCCUUGUUUCAUUAAAAAGAUACAGACAUAAAGAAAGAGGACACGCUUUCUCUCUCCCUCUUUACCAUUCUCCACAGCUGUCCAUUUUCUUGAAUAUAAACUCGACACGACGAGGAGGCGUGGUGAGGAUUACAGAGGACGGACGUUGAAGAAUGCAUGCGUGCGUGUGUAUGAGUGUGCGCGUAUGGAGUCAUACAGUUCAAACGUAAUAUGUCAUUUAUUUAAGUAUGAAUUCUGAGAAAGAAAAAUAAAUGGUGACAAAUACGCGUACACAAGAAAUCGGAAUAGCACACGCAUCCGUAACACGCGUGUAAAAACUGCUAAGCUCUAGUAUUUCGCUUUCUGUUUCUGAUACGAAGCCGCAUAAUGCAUAUCAUGUCGAAUAAUUGUGCGUGUACGUACGAGAACGAGGCGUGGUCGUGCGUCCCUUUUCGAAGGGCUACUCACUAUUACCGCGCGCGCGCGCAA